GUAACGGGAAGGGGAAGGGGAAGGGGCGGCCCCGGCGCCCGGUUCGAAGCGGGGUGGAUGGAGAUGCCGGGCCGGUUCCCGUUCCCCUACACUCCGUACCGCAUCCAGGAGCAGUUCAUGGAGGCGCUGUACGGCGCGCUGGAGGCCGGCCGCGUUGGCAUCUUCGAGAGCCCCACGGGCACGGGAAAAUCGCUGAGCCUCAUCUGCGGGGCCCUGUCUUGGCUGCGGGACUGGGAGGAGAAGCGGCGGCAGGAGGAGGAGCGGCUGCUGGCGCUCGGGGCCGGCGGGCAGGACGCGCCGAGCCCGCAGCAGGCGCGGCCGGGGAGCGCGGACGCGGCCGGGCAGCCGGACUGGGUCACGGCCUUCGUGCAGAAGAAAGAGGAGCGGGACAUGGUGAACAGGCUGAAGGAAGAGCAGAUCAGAAGGAAAAAGCGAGAAGAUCGUCUUGAGAAAAUUCAGCACAAUGUUCAGUUAAAAUACGCAGCAAAGAGGAAGAGAUGCGAGGAGGAUGAGGCAAGGCGCCUUCUUCAGCUCAGCAAGGAGGCUCUUUCCCAGGGAGCUGGAGAGAGUGCUCUAGACCAGCUAGAUCACAAUGAGGAGGAGCUGAUUCUUGCUGAAUAUGAGAGUGAUGAUGAAAAGAAAAUGGUAUCUGGGCUGGAAGAAGAUGAUGAUUUGGAAGAGGAGCAUGUGACUAAGAUCUACUACUGCAGCCGCACUCACUCCCAGCUGUCCCAGUUUGUGCACGAGGUGCAGAAAAGUCCUUUUGGCAAAAACAUCCGUCUGGUCUCCUUGGGAUCCAGGCAGAAUCUGUGUGUGAAUGAGGAGGUGCGACGCCUGGGCGCUCUCCAGCUCAUCAAUGACCGCUGCAUGGAGAUGCAAAAGAACAAACAUGAAAAGAAGAGCAGUGAAGAGAAUGAGGGGAAGAAGAGACGUGUGAGUCGUGCCAUGUGCCCAUUUUAUUCCUUUGAGCAAAUGCAGUUUCUCCGUGAUGAAGUUCUAGUGGAAGUGAAGGAUAUUGAGCAGUUGGUGUCCUUGGGAAGGGAGACUAAAGCCUGCCCAUAUUAUGGGAGUCGAUUCGCUAUCCCUGCUGCUCAGCUGGUGGUGCUGCCCUAUCAGAUGCUUUUGCAUGAGCCUACCAGGAACGCUGCCGGGAUCAAGCUGAAGGACCAGGUUGUGAUCAUUGAUGAGGCCCACAACCUCAUAGACACCAUCACCUGCAUCCACAGUGCCGAGGUCAGCGGCUCUCAGCUGUGCUGUGCCCACUCCCAGCUGUCGCAGUACAUGGAGCGAUACAGGAAACAUUUGAAGGCAAAGAACUUGAUGUACAUUAAGCAGAUCCUGUAUUUACUGGAGCAGUUUGUGGCUAUGCUGGGAGGUAAUGUGAACCAGAAUCCUGGAUGUCAGGCAGUUUCCGAAACAGGGACAGUAUUAAAAUCCAUCAAUGACUUUCUAUUUCAGAGCCAGACUGACAAUAUCAACCUCUUCAAGGUUCAGCGGUACUGUGAGAAGAGCCUUAUCAGCAGGAAGCUUCUUGGGUUUGUGGAGCGAUAUGGGGGCUCUGCCUCAGCUGUGAAGACCAGCAAGGAGAAACAGAAGCUGGCUGGCUUGCAGGACUUUCUUCUCACCCUUCAGCGGGGAUCUGAUAAAGAGGCAGGUACCCCCCAGAGUCCUCCCGUGGAGGCUGAGCACAACCAGCUCCAAACUUCCUCUCCACUGAUGCAGAUUGAAGGAUUUCUCUCGGCCCUCACAAAUGCAAACCAAGAUGGCAGAGUAAUUCUCAACAGGCAAGGCACAGUUGGUCACAGCAGCCUCAAAUUCCUCUUGCUGAAUCCAGCUGUUCACUUUGCCAAGGUUGUGGAAGAAUGCCGUGCUGUCAUCAUUGCUGGAGGCACCAUGCAGCCGGUGGCCGAUUUCCGAGAGCAGCUGCUGUGCCGUGCUGGCGUGGACCCUGCCCGUAUCGUGGAGUUCUCCUGUGGACAUGUGAUUCCUCCAGAAAAUAUUUUACCCAUCAUCCUUUGCAGUGGUCCUUCCAACCAGCAGCUGGAGUUCACUUACCAGACCAGAGACCUGCCUCAGAUGAUGGAUGAGACAGGUCGAAUCCUUUCCAACCUGUGCAAUGUGAUUCCAGGAGGUGUGGUGUGCUUCUUCCCCUCCUACGAAUAUGAGAAGCAGGUGUACGGACACUGGGAGAAGACAGGGCUGCUCUCCCGCCUGGCAUCCAAGAAGAAGGUUCUUUACUGUUACAGAGAAGAUAUAUGUUGGACCUCUUGUUUACUAGGAAAACUACCUGUGUUUCAGGCCAAGAUCUUUCAGGAGCCUAAGAAAGCCAACCAGGUGGAGCAAGUGCUAGUGGAAUAUGCCAAGUGCAUAAAGUGCUGCAGCCAGACAGGAGGACAGAUGACAGGGGCUCUGCUGCUUUCUGUAGUUGGAGGCAAAAUGAGUGAAGGGAUAAAUUUCUCCGAUGACCUGGGAAGGUGUGUGAUUAUGGUGGGAAUGCCUUACCCCAACAUUAGAUCACCAGAACUCCAGGAAAAAAUGACUUGGCUUGACAAAACCAUGCCCAGAGCUGCUGGCCAGGCACCAAGCAGAGUGCUGAUUGAAAACCUGUGCAUGAAGGCAGUAAACCAGUCAAUAGGCAGAGCCAUUCGCCAUCAGAAGGACUUUGCAAGCAUCCUGCUCCUGGACCACAGGUACACACGCCCUGCCAUAUUUAACAAACUGCCCCAGUGGAUCAGGGAGAGGACCCAGGUAAAACCUGCCUUUGGAUCAGCAUUUGCAGAGUUAAGAAAGGUCAGAACUCAUCGUAUCUUAUGUCCUGCUACCGACACUGUUCCCCAUUGUCCUCAUCUGGACCUUUUUAGGGCCUUCCCUUUAGAGUAAGGCCAAGGACAAACUGCCUGGUUUUGUGUGUUCCCAGUUCCAUCGAGGCAAGUUGGAUGCUUUGUGAUGUGGAGUAGAGAACAGAUGGCAUUUGUCAUUAUGAAGACUAGGUAAAGUAACAUAAGUUGUUGCUUUUCUGUACCAUGGACUUUAUAAAACCUCUGCCUUCUGCCUCCCUUGUGGAUAUUUGCUGUUCAGUAUCUGAGUGCUGUGAUGGUGAGAUAGCCUUCAGCACCACAGUCAGGGGGGAAACUGGUUGUAGGUCUGAGGCAGGUGAAGAGAAUAGCAGCAGGCACCUACUUGUUUACAGCAGUUAAGGUUUUAUUUAAAUUGAUUAAAUACUUUCAAUAAAAACA